UUUAGUAGUUUUCUGGGUACCCAUUUUGUAGUUUUGAUCAAGACUGUUCCUUUGUGUUUUGGGAAUUUAGUGUUAAGUGGAAAGAUAGGGUUUUUGUGAUGGUAUGUAAGUGUUCUUUGCAGCUGUGGAUGAGGUUUUGGUUUAUUUAUAUCGGGUUAUGUUUUGUGAUGCAGACAUCUUUUUAUGGCUGAUGAGAAUGCAAGUUUUGGUGUACAUGAUGGGGAUUAUGUACCCGUGACUGAGCCUGAGGUUGAGAAUGCACAGGCUGAAGCUGAGGCACAUGCAGAGGCUGAGGCACAAGCCAUGGCAGCGGCACAGGCCGAGGCUGAGGCACAAGACAUGGCAGUGGCUCAGGCAAUGGCAGCAGAGGCACAAGUAAUGGCGGCAGAGGCUGAAGCCAUAGAAGCAGAUACUCAGGCCAUGGCAGAGGCACAAGCAAUGGCAGCAGAGGCUCAAGCCAUACUUCAGGCACAAGCUGAGGCAGAGGGACAUGUUGAGCCGGAGGGGCAGCUUCAAGGGCAAGAGGAUGAGCUACUGCCUGAACAUGACCAAGAGCGUCAUGAAGAUGCUGGGGGUGUUGAAGGUGAGAAGAAGUGGCCUGGAUGGCCUGGUGAGAGCGUUUUCCGGAUGUUGGUUCCUGCUCAGAAGGUGGGUAGUAUAAUUGGACGUAAAGGGGAGUUCAUUAAAAAAAUUGUGGAGGAGACACGAGCUCGCAUUAAAAUCCUUGAUGGUCCUCCAGGAACAACUGAAAGAGCUGUAAUGGUUUCAGGCAAGGAGGAGCCUGAUUCGUCCCUCCCUCCUGCAAUUGAUGGCCUUUUGAGAGUUCAUGCACGCAUUGUUGAUGGUUUGGAUUCUGAUUCUUCUCAAGCUCCCCCAGGCAUGGGUGGCAAAGUUUCCACAAGGUUGCUGGUUCCAGCCUCACAGGCUGGUAGCUUGAUUGGAAAACAAGGAGGAACUGUUAAAUCCAUUCAAGAAUUAUCUAACUGUAUAGUUAGAGUUCUUGGGUCAGAGGACCUACCGGUAUUUGCUCUUCCAGAUGACCGAGUUGUUGAAGUAGUGGGCGAGCCGGUUGGUGUGCACAAAGGAAUUGAACUAAUUGCAUCUCACCUCAGGAAGUUUUUGGUUGACCGCAGUAUAAUUCCAGUUUUUGAAAUGCAUAUGCAGGCAAGUCCUCCAAUGGAGCACAUCCCCCCACAUCAAUCAUGGGGUCCACCUCAAGGUAUGCCACACAAUGCUGGUGGGGGUCCUGGUUAUGGGCCACCUAAUCCCCAGUACAUGCCACCUUCUCGGCAGCAAUACGACAAUUACUAUCCACCAGCUGACUUGCCCCCACCUAUGGAGAAACAGCCACAUCAUGGCAUAUCAGCUUAUGGGAGAGAGAACCCCAUGGGUGUUCAUACAUCAUCAAAUGCUCAAGCAGCACCAUCAAUGGUCUCGCAGCUCACACAUCAAAUGCAAAUUCCAUUGUCAUAUGCUGAUGCUGUUAUUGGCACAGCUGGUGCAAGUAUAAGCUAUAUUCGACGGGCUAGUGGGGCAACUGUUACUAUACAAGAGACGAGAGGUGUUCCUGGGGAAAUGACUGUUGAAAUCAGUGGAAGUGCUUCCCAAGUCCAAGCCGCUGAGCAACUGAUCCAGAACUUCAUGGUUGAGGCUGGAGCACCGCAACAGCCACAAGCUGCUCCCCCUGUGGAUCAGGGUUAUAAUUCCUAUUCAGCUCAUGGUUCCGUGUAUGCAUCUCCCCCAUCCAACCAAGGUCACCAGGGCCAUCAAGGCCAUGCUGGUGGCUAUGGCUCAGUUUAUGGCCAACACUAUGGUUAUUAGCUCAAUAGGGAAUAUCAAUUUGGAUUGUCAAAGUUGAGACUAGUUGUAAUUGUUGUGAACUUGGUAGCCACCAAAUAGUUUCUCUAUAGGGAAGCUGUAUUGUUAUACUCUCUGCUUCUCCUUUUCUGGAAACUUUGAUUUAGAAACAGUCCAAUAUGUCAGAGUUGAUGUGUUCAUUAAGCUAAC